CAUUCUGCCUUCAGCUCUCGUUGCUUACAGUGUUUCGUACAUCUAUCACCAUGAAAGUGGCUAACGUUUGUGGUUCGUCAGGAGUGUCCGGUGGCCGUGUGGCGAGGCCGCGUCGUGAUAUCGAGAACGAGGAAGUUCAGAUGUACCUCUCUAAAUUGAAGGAGUUGGUACCCUUCAUGCCCAAGAACAGGAAACUCACCAAGUUGGAAGUGAUCCAGUAUGUCAUCGACUACAUCUGUGAUCUUCAAGAGGCCCUGGAGACGACUCCCGUUGUUCAGAUUUCCACCAGGUCGCCGAACAGGCAGCCUUUGGGUGUCUUGGCGCCUAACACCAUCGUACCUCCAACCUCUUGCUCCACGCAGGAAGCCGCCACUGCUCCUGUACACCUACUAGAAAAAGUUCCAACGCCAUCCGACACCAGGCCAGUAUCAGUCUGAAGAUGAGUUCGAAACAUCAGAAGAUUCAUGUAAAUUACUUCGUCAGAUCUCUUCGUGUCGGAUUUGGAGGAGCUCGUCGACAUUCCAGCUGAUAAUCUCCUUAAAAUCGAUCGUCGUUUUUAUAUGUGUAUAUUCAGAAUUUAUUGUCUGUGAUGUUAUGUAGAUUUAUAUAUUAUUUUCGUUUUGUUUACCUUUUUUUUUUUUAAUUCAUAUUUUUUUUGUUUCUUCGACUUAAGGUCAAAAAAUUAUGACUUUUUAAAAAGUAUAUAUAUU